AGUAGAACCGACAGCUCCAGGGGAUGACACAGGUUCCUCAAGAUUGAAAGCAAACGUGUCUGCAAGCUAGCUAGCUAUGAAGCAACCUCACGAUUCGAAGAGAGCUUGAAGUGCGAAUCUCUGCGCGACCGAAUUCGAUUGGGAGAGCUCGGGUUCAAGCUUUGCAUUCGCGUCUGAUUCUCGAGGGAUCGGGAGAGUAGAUGACGAUGAUGAUUCCGGGAAGUGGACUGAUGCCUUGGUUGCACGGCAAGGUCGUCGAUCCCCUUCUCCAGAUCCUCCGCAAGGGUGCAGAACCAAAGCAACUGGCAUUUUCUUCGGCUCUUGGCAUUACUCUCGGCGUGUUUCCAAUUUGCGGUGUCACGGUGUUUCUUUGUGGGGUGGCCAUUGCCUUGCUUGGAUCUCGAUGUCAUUCCCCAAGUGUGAUGCUGUUUAAUUUCUUGGCUACUCCUUUAGAAUUGAGUCUGGUGGUUCCGUUUCUGCGCUUUGGCGAGUUCAUAUUAGGUGGGCCUCAUUUUCCACUUACAACUGAUGCCUUGAAGAAGGUGCUAAUGGGUCAAGCAUCUCGUGAAGUCUUACUGAGUAUAUGUCAUGCGUUAUUGGGAUGGCUUGUUGCUGCGCCUUUUAUUUUCGCCUUCCUCUGUGUAUUAUCUCUACCAUGUUUCAACCUUUUGGUAAGCAAGUUCAAAUCUGGUUCAUCAAGCCCUAAAAAGACCGUCCGUUCGCCAAGAGAUGUCAGUAUAAAGGUAAGAGAUGUCUGACAGCCGAUAACUCUUGCAACCCUUGUGUAUAUAGGACUAUUUUCAGCUUUGUAUAAUGCUCUGCUGCCGUCUUAUUGAAUGCUGGUGCUGGGGCACCGUGUGGGUCAGAGAGCAACCUGUGAAUGUUAUGAUCACGGUGAGAAAUGGGUCGAAGUCUCUAACUGGAUAUGUCAUCCACUUGAAUGUGCAGGGGAUUCAAUGUAAUUUGUUCAUUCAUGGUUAUAUGAAAUUCAUUCUGCCGUAUUGGUAUCG